CUAACCACAAUUGUUUAAAUGUUUUUAGGGACAGUUUAAGAGUGGGAGUGCGCCGCAUCUCCUCACACUUAUAGCCGCCCUUGUGCACAACACCUGCAUAUAGUUCGCUCAGUCGCCUUGCAUAUAAAACUGUGUUUAUCCAGGCUGCAUUAAAUAUCAACAUGAGGGUUAGAAUGGUCUCUCGCUUAAUUGUUCUCCUAGUUUUGAGUUCCGGACAAAGUCUUGAACCUAAAUGCUCCAAGUUUGAUUACGAGGAGAAAUUAUUAACGAAAGUUGUUAAAUUGGAGUUGGAAAUCAGCGACUUAAAGAAGAAAGUGGGAGAGGUAGAUGCCAUUCGCAAAGAAUUGACACAGAUGCAGAGUAACCAUGGAGGCGGAACUUACGUGAGAUGGGGGCGGACCAGCUGUCCUGGAAAUGGAACCGAGACCGUCUACAAAGGUUACGUCGGUGGGUCGUAUUACACACAUAAAGGAGCCGCUGCAAACUUUUUGUGUCUGCCGGAAACGCCAGAGUGGGGCCAUUACAAUGACGAGACUGUUAACGAUUCCGCAUUCGUAUACGGCGGAGAAUACCAGCUAAACAGCAGAGAAAGCGACCACGGUUUCUUUGGUAACAUCCACCAACAAGAUCCCCAUUGUGCCGUCUGCCGCACGAGCCGGAAGUCCGUGUUAAUGAUUCCCGCCAAGCUGAAAUGCUUUGACGGCUGGACACUGGAGUACAACGGGUAUUUGGUCGCGGGAUCCACACUACAUGAUGCAUCAACAGAGUACAUCUGCCUUGAUGGAAAACCUGAAGUGGUUCCCGGAAAAGGCGAGAGCCAGGACGGGAAGCUAAUGUACCUGACGGAAGCGCGUUGCGGUUCCUUGCAAUGUCCUCCUUACAUGAACGGCCGGGAAUUGACGUGCGCCGUGUGCUCACGCUAGCGUAUUGAUUAACAAUUAAGAUUUGUGUUCUUUUGAUGGUUUGUGAUUCAAUGCGAAACAAUUGAACAAUACAUUAGUUGGUUUACUUUGCAGAAUCAAGUUCAUUAGCAUACAUAAUUUAUGAUUGUAUGCAUCACUUUAGUGCAUUCUACUAAAAUUACACUCAUACAAUUUUACCUCCUAUUUCUUAAUUUUGCUUUUUCUAUAACCGUCAAUUGGUCAUAUGCCCAAUAUCAUGACAUCAAGAGCGAAAAUUCCCAAUUUAUGGUUGACUGUCAAUUGUUCCGAAAUACAUGUGUAACCUGUAAGAGUAGAAGUAAAUACAUUAAAGUUGAUAAUUUUAUUAUACAUGUACACAUGCUAUUAAUCGAACGUUUGUAUAUGUGUAAGUAACUGUUCUACUGCCUUAAACCGGUUAAAACAACCAUUGCUUUGAAUCGUACGUUCCGAUGCAUUGCUCCUAGCUUAAAUCAUUUGUAUUUUUAAUGUUACGUUGUAUGUUUUAUUAUGUUCUGUAUUGUUUAUAAAUAAAAAAUAAAUAUCCAUAUAGACAAAUAAUAUUUGAUUAAACAUUUAAUUCAAUAAAACCAUCGAAUAGCGGCAAAGGGGCUAACUGACACCAACAUCGACUUGAUUUGGGAGAUGGACGUGCUUGGAACAGAUUCCCUAAACGCCUUGCAGACCAACUGGA